CGAUACCAGAAAUAGCAAGUGGAUGCUAUUCGAUUUCAAUCUUCUUUAACAUCUUUAAAGUCAGUCAUCAAGGAAGAAAAAUGCCGUCAAAGUCAAUGCUUGCCAGUCCUGCGCCUCCGGCGUCCGCCAGUAAACUGGUGACCCCCUUGCUGUCCGGCAAGAAGAGCCGACAGUCGACAAAUGCAGGGUCCCCGAGCAAGGAUGUCGUGUCGAUGAAAGACAGGGAGGAGCGAGCGCGCGUGGCGCGACUUGCCCUCGCGGCAGCGGCUCGUCCACCGGGAUACGUCUACGACGUGAUGGAGAAGGCGCUUCCCUAUUGGAACAAAUUUCUUGAAAUAAUGGCGGUGGUACUGCCAAACGUAGUCUUAAGAUUUCACAUUUCACAUCUUUACUAAAUUCUUGAGACUGCAUCUUUGUCCUUCUCUUUGAAAGCUUCUACUUAUACAUAGUACUUCGUCCAGCUUUGAGAGUCAGUCGUGGCAAAGAUGCACGAUUAAGAUGCGAAGUGGCAGUCUUUAAUUGUGUGGGCUUAUGAAAAAUGUCGUGAUUUUUACGCGAUGCUCCCGAUCGAAAUAGCGUGCUGCAUCUACGGCCUCGGAAUAUGUUUCUUCGGCGGGUAAGAGAUUAUGAUUGUGUACUGUCAGCGUGAUGUUCAACGAAAAACAGAUACGCUUUCCUUCUUUUGUAUCUUAUUCUUUUCGAUACUCAUUGGAUAAAUGUAUCGUCCCGUGUCUAUGAUGGAGUACUUACAUGGACAAUACACGGGCUAGCUACUGAGCCCGUUUGAACUUAUCGUUUAACGAAAAACUUCGCGAUUUAAUGUUCUCAGGACUUACGUCGUGGCAAUAUCAGCGAUUGAAGCUUUCAAGAUGAGUGGAGGAGAUACUAUCGAAGCGUGCUGGAACGAUAUAUGCGAAGAAUGCAGUUUGCUUUAAGGCUGGUAGCUCGACAAUACCCAUGCCAUUGUAUCUUUUAUGAUCAGAUCUCCGGGACGAGCAGGUAGACCUAAGGGAGAGCUUGCCGUCCCCUUAAUUGAACUCGACCUAUCUAAUAUUUCGUUGAGAAGAACGAGGAGGACAAUGAAGAAGACUUGGACAACGACGGUAUUGCAGACGUCCUCCAGAUCAGCCAGCGCGAGUUGAUGCAGCGAAAAGUGAAACUAGUCGUGACGAGCAUCGAUCCCGACAAGCUCACCAAUUAUGUUUUGACUCUGUAGCUCGUUUCCUUGUGCAAGAAGGGUUGAUUAUUUACGAGAGCGAAAUAUGAAUAUCGAACUUUCCUUAGUAUGUGGAAUCCGAUAAAUCUUCUACAGUUCAAUUUUUCGGGUGUGAAUUUCACGACAUUCACACCCCUUUCUUCUCUAAAGCUUGGCUGUUGGAGGACUAUACCAAGGUUUUCUGUCGGUGCUGAUGACAGUGAAGUUUCAGUUCGCACAGGCGAUUGCGCUGGCAGUGAGUAUGGCGGAGCAAGCGCGAAAGCCCGCAGCGGUAGUACUCACCCCGAUACUGGCCUCCGCUUUGCCACCCAACAGUGAAGACUGGAUUGUCACCGCUAUUGACUACCUGACGAAGACCAUAGCGCUUUAUGUCUAGAAAUAUUUUGAAGUUAGUGUGAGUUUAUUUCCAUAGUGCCUGCUUAGGCUGCUCACGAUUUGAUGUACGACUUGUUGGAAAUUGAGCUGAGUAAAAAUUCCGGCUCGUGGCUCAGCUUUAUCAUAUUAAGUGAAAAGUUUUCUUAGAGGAUGUUGAUCUCUUUCUCUAACUCUAGCUUUUCGCAUGGACGUUGCAGAAGAUGGUCUGCGCAGUGCAGUCGGCGAUCAAAGGCGGACACAUGUUCGCACAAAACCUCUUGCUCUUCCUUGCGAACAAGCUCGGCGUCGAAAACAUCGAUCUCGAUGAAACGAUGGUACAACUUUUGUUCUCGAGAACUUUGUCUGUGGUUUUCUACGUCUUGUGUAGAUGAAGUGGAAGUUCAUAACUCUCCAAAUUUUUAGAUUACUUGGACGCGUCUAUAGGAGAUUGGUGUACCGACCUUGUUAGAAGUACACGCAGCAAAACAGGUAGACGAGUACAUCGGAUGGGCGAUUGCAGCGAUGGGUGUCUAUUUUCAGAUUGUGCACGGGUUUGCGCUUGUCUUUCCUUUCUCGAUUGUGCUGUUCCCACUCAAUAUCAUCGAGUUUUCUCUAGAGUGGACAGUGACCUGGUUGGGCUGAAAACUACGCAGCGCAGAGAGCAGGGUGAGGAUUGCUGCUACUUGAGACCCACGUCAGUGUCCUGAGAUUGACAUUCACAUGAGAAAAAAUCAAAGUGUAAAUUUUUUUGGUUUCCGACAAUUUUUCCCUGAUCAUUUUCCCUUAUUUCGCCGCACAUCAUUAGGACAGAAAACACAGUAACGGAGCAUUACCAACACCUUUAACAUGUUGAAUACCCAAUGCUAAAUAUCGACAAUAAUAUAGCGUGUAUGCGGAGCGGGGGGUUCGAUUCCAUUUGAAGCAGAACAACAGAGUCGGCGAGCGCUGUAUCUCUUGAUAGACAGCUUCGUCUAAGACGUUUUUCCGCUGAGACGUCUGCACAUGCAAGGUGAGUACAUCUUUGCCGCACAUCGAGUAAUGAGAAUAAAAUCGGCUCUACUCUUCGAUGAUGCGCUGUUGCUGUUAUUUCUGAGGUGUUCUGUGUUUCUCUUUUUUAAAUGCAAGUCGAGAUCAG